CCCAGUCCACCCCGUCGGGUCGUCGACGUCGACAUCCCGUCACACACUCGAUCAUGAACCACUCCAAAAACCACUCGCAGGAAAAUAAACCCAACGUACGUACGGUCGCAGGGUACGCGCCGAGCGCCCGCUCCAACCACCGCAAAGCCAACGCACGCACGCUCCUACCCGCACUCGCACUCGCACUCACACGCGCGCAGAAUCAAAUCAGAGAGAGAGAAGAAAAGAGAAGUAUGGAAAAUUUCGACAAGCCUAGUGGUAUACGUAUGUAAUGUACUUACAGCUACACGGUGCGCAGGCGGCGGGCGGGCGGCGGGGACCGCCCCGAUCCGCGGCGUGCACGGGGGAGGACACAAAUCGACAGGCGGGACGGAUAGAACGGGGAGGGGUAGAGAGCGAUAGGGAUAGGGAUAGGGAUAGGGACAGGAACGGGGGCGGGACUGCGACGGGGGCGGGACUGCGACGGGGGCGGGACUGCGACGGGGGCGGGACUGCGACGGACUUUGGACACGACUGCUCCCUCUGCGCUCAACGCGACUAACCAAAAAGCUCACCAACGACAACGACAACGCACCCUCCCCAUCUCGCAAUAUCCAAAAAAAAGCGACACACAAAGCGACACACAAAGCCACGCACGCACGCCACCCCUCCCCGCGGUCACCCC